UCCAGGUAUGUUUCCGCUACGAUAAAGUAUUUUAAAACUUAAUAAACCGUAAACUAUAAAUACUUUACGUUUUGCCAACCAAAUGUAUUGGGCUGGUCGUUGUAAUCGUGAUAAACCGCCGUGCAAAUAUUUUCAUCCACCACAGCAUUUGAAGGAUCAAUUAUUGAUAAAUGGACGAAACCAUCUUGCCUUGAAGAAUGCACUGAUGCAACAGAUGGGUAUGGCAACUGGACAGCAAGUCAUACCGGGACAAGUGCCAGCAGUGCCUCUUGUCUAUUUGCAGGCCACAAAUCCCUACUUAACUGGCAUACCGGCCAAUCCAUACCCUAGUCCAUACUAUCCGCCUGGAACUUUAGUGCCUGCAUUACUCGGACCAGAUCACACACAGUUGGGUCAGGUGGUGCCACAAACGGUGCAAGUGGCACAACAGAAAAUCCCACGUUCCGAUCGAUUAGAGGUUUGCCGUGAAUUCUUGCGGGGCGCCUGUAAGCGCGCCGAAUCGGAGUGUCGUUUUGCGCAUCCGCAGGAUAGCGUCGCCCGGCACGAUGACGGCUCGAUCACGGUGUGCAUGGAUGCCGUGAAGGGUAGAUGCACGCGCGACCCAUGCCGCUACUUUCAUCCCCCCUUGCAUCUGCAGGCACAAUUAAAAGCGGCGCAAACGCGCGCCACUGCUGUCGCUACUGCGCAUCAUCAUUCGACCGCCACUAUCCCGACGUCCGCUGCCGUCGUCGCUGCUGCAGCCGCAGCUGCCCAACAGCAAGCCGCUCAAGCCCAAGCUCAGGGUACAUCGCAGACGAAUGCCGCCAAUGCUGCUGCCGUUGCCGCUGCCGCUGCGCUCGCCAUGAGUGCGGGCGCUGCCGGUGGUGGGGUGGGAGCGGGCGCUGGCGCUCAUCAUGUGCAGCAUCAUCACCAUCAUCAGCUAGAAGUGGGCAAGAAGCGUGCCGCUGCGGACAAUGACAUGUUGCAACUGAUGGAUGUUAAAACGGUUGGUUCAUUUUACUAUGAAAAUUUCGCUUUCUCCGGCAUGGUACCGUUCAAGCGUCCCGCUGCCGAAAAAUCCGGCAUUCCAGUGUAUCAGCCCGGCGCGACCACCUACCAACAACUCAUGCAACUGCAACAGCCGUUCGUACCAGUGUCAUCAGCAGCAAAAGCAGCCGCAGCAGCAGCCGCACCAACAACAACAACAGCGGCGGGCACAAUCGGUGCCGCCUCAUUAUUAGGUGCUAGUAUCACUACUACACAACAACAUCACUUAAACCACCACCACCUCCAACAACAACAACAACAACAACAGUUACACAACCAACACUUGCAACAGCAACAACAAGUACAGCAACAGCAGUUGCAUUUGUUGCCACCACCUCCACCAACCACAGCAAUAGCAACCACCACUUCCAAUUAUCAUUUACACCAUCAUUACAAUAGCAAUAGCACCCUGUAUAAUAACAACAACAAUAUGAAUAAUAAUCAAGACAAUAGCAAUACUAGUACCCUAACACCCCCUACCUCCACCUCCCCAUCCACAGCCAAUACUCACUCAUCCAAGCACACAGAACCAUUGCAAACAACACCACCACCACCACCAGAACAGACAGCAGCGUACUCCACUACAACGACAACAGCUGAUGUUAGUAGUUUGUAUGAGACAAGUAGUAGUAGCGCACACAUACAGGCUAGUGAUAACGGUAAUGAAAACAACGGUAACGAUGUGAGUAGCAAUGGCUCGUCUCCACCACCGCCCCCGCCGUCAUCGUCGUCUUCGUCCUCGUCGCCAACAGCAGCAACAAUUGCAUCGACAUAUUUGCCAUACAACAAUGGUGACGCUAAUAUGGCUAGUAGCAACAACAAUAACAACAAUGUAUUAUAUGUGAAUAAUAAUAUUUUGAGUAGUGCUAGUAAUAAGUUAGUGCCCGAAACAACAACAACAACACCUACAGUAGCCGUCACAACAGCAGCAGCGGCAGAAGAACGCGACAAUGAAAGUGCUGGUGGCGCCUCUGACAGCGCAGAUGCAGCUGCAUCUACAGUUGUAGGCACAAGCAUAAUAACAACAACUACCAAUAGCAGCACAAUUUUCACUGCUGCCGCUGCUGCUGUUGGCGCACACACCUUAGACACCAUAACCACAGCAACAACAUUGGCACUAACACCCCACACAGCCAAUGCCAGCGCUAAUAGAAUUGACAGGGAAGCUAGUGAGGAUAGUAGUAAUAGCCAUAACAAUAAAAAUAAUAGCAGCAAUAGCUUUAGCUACAGCAAAUACGUCUACAAUGCUUCUGCUAAUCAAUACAGCGUCGCUAAUUCGCCCGUGAAGUAUUCCACACACAAAGCGUCUACUGCCGCUACUAAUGAUUUGGCACACUCCUCGUACGCCGCUUAUGUUUCACAAGCAAAUGCUGCACAAGCCGCCCACGCGCAUGCCGUCGCUUCCUAUCCGUCCAGCAGCUUAUCCAAUGGCUCGCACACAGACACACAAUCUUACAGCGCGUACAAUGGCCUAAACGGUCACGCCUCCUCUGCCACUGGCAUAUUGCCCACACCACAUUCGGCAGCCUCCACGGCCGUAUCUGCCGCUUCAGCGGUUGCCUAUCAACAGGCCCAUCAGCAACAACAAAUGCUGCGUCUCUAUAAUCAAUACGCCACGGUGCCCACGAGCGCCGCCACUUCGUACGCCAGCCUAUUGGCUGCCUCACACGCUGGCUACGCCACACCAACAACCACUAUGGCGCAAAUGUCUGCGGCUGCUGGCAUGACAAUGCCUUCUUAUGCCUCAGCUUACGGCAUUACACCCUCCUCGUCUGCUGCCACUGGCACACUAACACCCACUUACGCCUACAGCGCAUACGGCGGCGCCACGCCCACCGGUUAUUAUACCGAUACGAGCGCGCUCGCCAAAGAGGCUGCACAGAAGAGCUACGUUAACGCCAUGAAGAUGGCAGCCGUUGCCAAUGCAAGCGCUUUGAGUGGUAAACCACUCACUGCUGCUGGCGCUGCCCUGCCAGCCACAGCCAGCUAUGCAGGCAUACACCUAGGCAAGGCAUAUAUGGCAGCUAUGCCUGGCAGCGCCAACGCCAUAGCUGCGCACCAACAGCAGGCUGCGCUGCUGCAACACGCGCAUGCACAACAAGCGGCGCAAUCUCAGCAAAUAGCUGCCGCACAUGCGCAACAAGCCGCCGCUGCUGCAGCAGCAGCGCAUAUGCAACGCUCGGCGUUGUCGGCAGGCUCAUUGCCCAGUUCGGGCAUGUCAACGCCUGUCGGUACGCCAGUGCAUACGCCCACACCAGGCGCAGCUGCCGCCGCAGCGAGCGGUCUCUUAACUCGUCCCUCUUCGGCCGCUGGGGGUUAUAUUAGCGCAGCGCACACCGCGAUGCGUCCACAAGCAGUGCAGCUGGCUGCCGGACCUGCCAAUCCACAGUACGCCGCUGCAGCCGCUGCGGCUGCUAUGCAACAGCAGGGCUUCUUCUACCCAGCCGGUAUGAUGGCCGCGCCGGCAGCGGCUGCUUAUCCGUAUGCCGCCAUUGGUGCCAUACCAACCGGCUUGCCAACGGCGGCGGGCAUACCAGCCGCGCUGUCUGGUAUGGGCGCAACGUCGGCAAGUGCGACGGGCAGUGCUAUGGUGCUGAACCCAUUCAAGAAGAUGAAGACUUCGUAAAGUAUCUGAGGAGUUGGAUAAGCGUGCGUGUACACCGAAUUACAUAGACUUACAAAUCAAACGGAUAUGACA